AGAACGACUUCUACCGCCAACUGACCCAGCUCCUUCGCCACAGAAGAAGCACGGACACUGUUGUGCUGGCGGGGGAUAUGAACGCACAAGUUGGAAAGUUGUCCACUGAUGAACUGCAUCUGGGCGGUCAACACGGUGUAGGCUCCCGUAAUGAUAACGGUGAGCGGUUACUUCAUUUGUGUGAAGAUGCUCGCUUAUUUCUUGCGAGCACUAAUUUCCGACACAGCACCCGCCGGAGGGUGACUUGGCGCCCACCAGCCUCGAACCAGCCUUGGACGCAGAUCGAUCACAUUGCGAUAAGUUACCGCUGGAGAGGCUGCAUCCAGAACUGUCGCUCGAUUUGGAGCACAUGUGUGGACACCGAUCAUGCACUUGUAUGUGCUGACAUGCGGAUGCGUUUUGGCGGACGCCCACGACGACGCUGUGAGCGCAUUGACACCAGCCAACUGACAAAGCCAGCUGUUCUGAAUGC